AUGGGGGAUAUAUCAUUGGAAGAUGUUAAGAACGAGAACGUUGAUCUAGAACGGAUUCCUGUGGAGGAAGUUUUUGAUCAGUUGAAAUGCACGAAGGAAGGAUUGAGUACAGCAGGAGGAGAAAAAAGACUCCAAAUUUUUGGGCCUAACAAGCUUGAAGAGAAGCAAGAGAGCAAGUUUUUGAAGUUCUUGGGAUUCAUGUGGAAUCCUCUGUCAUGGGUCAUGGAAUGUGCGGCAAUCAUGGCCAUCGUCCUGGCCAAUGGAGGAGGGAGACCACCAGAUUGGCAAGACUUUGUUGGUAUCGUUGUCUUGUUGAUCAUUAAUUCUACCAUCAGCUUCAUUGAAGAGAACAAUGCUGGUAAUGCAGCUGCUGCUCUCAUGGCUGGUCUUGCCCCUAAAACUAAGGUUCUAAGAGAUGGGAAGUGGAAAGAAGAGGAGGCAGCGAUUCUGGUUCCAGGAGAUGUGAUUAGUGUCAAAUUGGGAGAUAUUAUCCCGGCCGACGCACGUCUCCUCGAUGGCGACCCUUUAAAGAUUGAUCAGUCUGCUCUUACUGGUGAAUCUUUGCCUGUCACCAAGUAUCCUGGGGAUGAAGUGUUCUCUGGGUCAACUUGUAAGCAAGGUGAGAUUGAAGCUGUUGUCAUUGCCACUGGUGUGCAUACCUUCUUUGGAAAGGCAGCUCAUCUCGUGGACAGCACCAACCAAGUUGGUCAUUUCCAAAAGGUGUUGACAGCCAUUGGAAACUUCUGUAUAUGCUCGAUAGCGGUGGGAAUGGUCAUCGAGAUCUUAGUAAUGUAUCCAAUCCAGAAGAGGCCAUACAGAGAAGGAAUUGACAACUUGUUGGUGCUUCUCAUUGGAGGUAUUCCCAUUGCUAUGCCAACCGUUCUGUCGGUAACCAUGGCCAUCGGAUCGCAUCGGCUUUCGCAGCAAGGUGCCAUUACGAAGAGAAUGACAGCAAUUGAAGAGAUGGCUGGGAUGGAUGUCCUGUGCAGUGACAAGACAGGAACUCUCACCCUCAACAAGCUCACGGUGGACAAGUCCCUGAUUGAGGUCAAGCUCACACAGUUGCAAUUCAAUGAAAAGAAUUUUUGCUCAUUGGCUCAUCAUGGUGCCUUCAUGACUGCAGGUGUUUGUAUCAGGCAUGAACGAGGAUGGUGUUAUGUUGUAUGCUGCAAGAGCUUCCAGAGUUGAAAAUCAAGAUGCCAUUGAUGCCUGCAUUGUUGGAAUGUUGGCUGACCCCAAAGAGGUUUGGUACUCAGCUUUAUUAUGUUC